AUGACAGACUUGCAGCAAUUAAAUUAUUUAAAUUUACGCUCGGCGUAUUUUAUUUGCUAUUUCCAGUCCGUACUGGUUUACAUAAUGAUUUCUUAUAUUUACUUAUAUUUAGAACAUCUUAAUUCCAUAAACUCUAAAAUUCAAUUUACUAUGGAGUUAGAGGCAAAUAAUUCUUUAGCUUUCCUAGAUGUGUUAGUCAUUCGAAAUCCUAAUAACACCGUAGGUCACACUGUGUAUAGAAAAAAGACCCAUACAAACCGAUACUUAAACGGUGAAUCCCACCAUCACCCUUCACAGUUAGCUACCGUGGGCAAAUCUUUGUUGCAGAGAGCACGAGGGAUCUGUGACAGCAAACACCUGGCCGCCGAGCUUCAGCACGUCAAGCAGGUUCUGCACGACAACAAGCUUCGGGUUCCGCGCCUACGUCACAGUGACCGAGUGAAGCCGGCCACAGUCGAGCGUGUGCCUGCUGUACUACCAUAUGUCAGAGGUGUCACAGACAAGAUUGGCUACAUCUUGAAGCGAGCUUCUAUUAGAACAUUCUUCAAGCCGCCGAAGAAGAUUAGUCAGUUCUUACCAUCCGUCAAGUGCAAUAUUCCUCUACAAGAUGCAGGAGUAUACAAGCUUGAUUGUGAGUGUGGUCUCUCAUAUAUAGGGCAAACAAAACGAUCAAUAAAAACCCGCGUAAAAGAACACAUAGCUGACGUGAAGCACCAACGUUAA